AUGCAAGAUAAUGCAAAGAUAGUAUGGGGGGUCAUCAGCCAAUGUGUUGAUUCCUUCUCCUCAACAAGUGACAGUCCCCAAAUGGUUACCGAAGCCGGCGGUCCCCAGGUGGCCACCGAAGAGGAGAGUCCCAAGGUGGCCACAGAACAGGAGCGUCCCCAGGUAGUCACCGAAGGGGAGAAAACCCAAAAGGUCACCGAAGCCAGCGGUCCCCAGGUGGCCACCGAAGAGGAGAGUCCCAAGGUGGCCACGGAACAGGAGAGUCCCCAGGUCGUCACCGAAGGGGAGAAAACCCAAAUGGUCACCGAAGCCAGCGGUCCCCAGGUGGCCACCGAAGAGGAGAGUCCUCAGGUGGCCACCGAAGGGGACACUCCCCAAGAAGUUGCCCGAACUUUUAAGGAACCAGCACAAAGUGAAGACACCGUCGGGGAAUCUCAGAAAAAUAUCUCCAUUACUGAGAGAUUUUCCAUUUUCAAGAGCCCAGUCACAACUCCGCUUUCCAAACUGCGUCAGCCCACAAGGGACGCCACAACUUUCAUGACUUCAAGCCUCAUUGGCUUUCUCAUUGGUCGAAGACAGGCCUAA